AUGGAUCCCAAGAGGUUACAGGUGCCUGUGAUCGGGCUGCGAAGAUCCGGCAAGAGCUCCGUCCUCAACGUCGUCUACAACGAGCUGCAUCCAGACGACACCGUCUUCCUCGAAUCCACCACCAAGCCCAACUUCAUCCUUUCGGAUAGCUUCCUUCCCAUCCGCAUCAUCGACACGCCUAGCCGGGUCCUUCUCGGCGACGUCCGUCUCGAAAAGGGCAUCCCCCUCGCCCCUUCCAAUGCUGCUCGUGUCGGUCCGCCUCCUCCCGUCCCCGCGCGAAAUGCGCCACCACAAAGUAGCAACGCUACCGCCUCGAACGCAUCUGCUGCUGCAGCCGCCCCCGAGCUUCUGCUCUGGACCGACGUCUCGGCCGUCGUCUUUGUGAUCGACGCUCAGGACGACUACUACGAAGCGCUCUCGAAGCUGCAGACGGUCGUGCUUUCUGCGUUUGCCGAAAACCAGACCAUCGAGUUUCACGUGUUUGUGCACAAGAUCGACGGAUACUCCAACGACUACAGGCAAGACACGCUCUCCACCAUUCAGGGCAAGGUGCUCGACGACCUCGUCGACAGCAGCCCGAGCUUUGUCGCUCAGCCGUGGUCGUAUCCAGAGCCGAUCCCGCCCAAGGAAACCAAGACAUCCAAGAGCAAGGAUCGCAGCCGGAGCAAGAGCAAAGACCUCAGCUUCUCGCGUUCGCCUGCUGCGGGCAACUCGAGCUCGGGUGGCGGCGGCGGCGGCUACGAUGCCAGCGCCUCCGAAUUCUCGAGCUUUUCGGGCGGCCACCGCUCCGACGUUGCUCCGGAGCCAGGGCAGAUCAAUCUGGACCAGGCUGUGCGGCUGCACUGCCAUGCCACCUCGAUCUACGACACGAGCGUGUUUGUCGCCAUCAGCAAGCUGCAGCAGAGCCUGGCGCAGAAGGUCAAGCCAGAGGAGGCCCUCGAGUCCGAGCCGCACGCCGCGUCCAAUGGAAACGAUGGGGCAGGUGCGGAAGGCAGCAAGCCCACACGACCGGCGGCCAAGAGCCACUCUCCUCGUAGCCUCACGCUGGCCGAGUCGAUGGAGCAGGUGUGCGACUCGAUCUGCUCGUCGUGUCACUUUGAAAACGCCUUUCUGUUUGACUUACCCACGCGCACCUUCAUCGGCACCGACUCGGCGCCGUUUGACGCGGCGAGCUUCGAUCUGGUGUUUGACUAUGCCGGAUUCCUCGCCAAGUUCGCAGGGCUGUACGCGGGCAUUCAGCCGGAAGCGCCGCCUGGAGGAAGCUCCGCAGCGACACCGAGUGGUGGUGCGAUGGCGCAGCUGUCGACAUCGCCCUCGUCGGCACGAAGGUUCUUGCUCGGCAGAAUGUCCAAGGAGCCACCUGCGAGUCGCGACUCGGGCGCCGGGUCCAAGGAUCCAAGUGCGACGAGCGCGCCCGUGCAGCGAUGGGCGUCGUCUGUGACACGGCUGCAGCCCGACCGCUCGCUGUGCUUCUGGCAGAUCAACCACCGUCUGGCGCUCAUCGCCAUCAUCCACUCGGACGUCCAUGCCAAGCAGACCGGCUUGAUCGAUUAUAACAUCACCUUCUUCCGCCGCGCAGUGCAGGGCCUGUACAGCCUCGCACAGACAAGCACCUGA